GCUGUACCGGCCGCGGCCCGAGCUGCUGCCGGCGGCGCACGUCCCCUCGCUGUCCCACUACGAGCGCCUCUACCAGCGCUCCGUGGAGGAGCCGCACGAAUUUUGGGGUGACAUUGCUAAAGAGUUUUACUGGAAGAGUCAGCACACGGGACCCUUUCUGAAGUACAACUUCGAUGUGACAAAGGGGAAGAUCUUCAUUGAGUGGAUGAAAGGGGCGACCACCAACAUCUGCUACAACCUCCUGGACAGAAAUGUCAAUGAGAAGAAACUUGGGGACAAAAUUGCUUUUUACUGGGAAGGGAACGAACCUGGUGAUUCUGCGAAAAUCACAUACAGCGAGUUGCUGCACAAAGUCUGUCAGUUUGCCAAUGUCCUCCACAGCCAAGGCGUGAAAAAAGGAGACCGAAUUUCCAUCUACAUGCCGAUGAUCCUGGAGCUGGUUGUAGCCAUGCUUGCCUGCACCAGGAUUGGAGCUCUGCACUCCGUUGUGUUUGCAGGUUUCUCGGCAGACUCUCUUUGCGAGCGGAUUCUUGACUGCGGUUGUUCUCUCCUCAUCACGGCAGAUGCCUUUUAUCGAGGGGACAAGCUGAUCAACUUGAAGCAGAUUGCAGAUGAAGCCCUCCAGAACUGUAAAGACAAGGGCUUCUCUUUGAGAAAGUGCAUCGUGGUGAAGCACCUGGGGAGGGAAGAGAUAGCGGUGGACGGGACAUGCAGCAAGUCUCCCCCUCUCAAAAGGCUGUGCCAGGACGUACAGGAAAAAAAGACUGAGAGCUCACAGAGACUCCAUCCCAAGACCUCCUGGAACCCAGCCGUGGACGUGUGGUGGCACGAGCUGAUAAGCAGUGCCAGCACGGAGUGCGAGCCCGAGUGGUGCGACGCGGAGGACGAACUCUUCAUCCUCUACACAAGCGGCUCAACUGGGAAACCCAAGGGUGUGCUGCAUACGGUGGGUGGAUACAUGCUUUUUGCUGCCACCUCAUUUAAAUACGUGUUUGAUUACCAACCUGAGGAUGUCUACUGGUGCACAGCUGACAUUGGAUGGAUAACAGGCCAUUCCUACCUCGCUUAUGGACCCUUGGCAAACGGGGCAACUAGUGUGUUAUUUGAAGGUGUCCCCACCUACCCGGACAUCGGGCGAAUGUGGAGCAUCGUUGACAAGUACAAAGUGACCAAGUUCUACACAGCACCCACAGCUGUCCGGCUGCUGAUGAAGUAUGGGGAAGAGCCCGUCAAAAAGCACAGCAGGAAGUCUCUGAAGGUGCUGGGGAGCGUCGGCGAGCCCAUCAACCCUGAAGCCUGGCUGUGGUACUACCGCGUGGUGGGAGAAGAGAGGUGCCCCAUUGUGGACACGUUCUGGCAGACAGAGACAGGUGGCCACAUGCUGACACCCCUCCCUGCCGCCACCCCCAUGAAGCCAGGCUCUGCCACGUUCCCCUUCUUCGGUGUGGUCCCUGCCAUCUUGAACGAGUCGGGGGAAGAGCUGGAAGGAGAAGCAGAAGGCUACCUGGUAUUUAAGCAGCCCUGGCCGGGAAUAAUGCGCACACUGUAUGGAAACCACCAGCAAUUUGAAACCACAUACUUCAAGAAAUUCCCUGGGUACUAUGUGACAGGCGAUGGUUGCAGGAGAGAUAAAGAUGGUUAUUACUGGAUCACAGGGCGAAUUGAUGACAUGUUGAAUGUUUCUGGCCACUUGCUGAGCACCACAGAGGUGGAGUCAGCCUUGCUUGACCAUGCCGCCAUCUCGGAGGCCGCAGUGGUCGGCCACCCACACCCCCUGAAAGGCGAGUGCCUCUACUGCUUCGUGACCCUGAGAGACGGCCACGAGUUCACCAAAAACCUGACGGAUGAGCUGAAAAAAAAAGUCAGAGAAAAAAUCGGACCGAUAGCAACACCUGAUUAUAUCCAGUAUGCCCCUAGCCUGCCCAAAACCCGCUCAGGAAAGAUUACCCGACGGAUAUUAAGGAAGAUUGCCAAAAAUGACCAAGAUCUGGGGGACAUCUCCACCUUGGCAAACCCGGGCAUCAUAAAACAUCUUUUCAACAGCAGAUGUGACACUAAACAGUAGCAGCGUGACCUGUCCCUGCUGAGCGGAACUGUAGCAGCAGCAGCGUCCUGAUGAGCAGGGCCCUUGAAUAACCACUGUCUGCCCUGGGAAGGAAACCUUCACCUGUUGAAUUGAAUGUACAAAUGUUACGAACGAGGGAAAGGCUGGCUCUGGAGAGGCCGUGUCUCACUAGCGUGUCCAUGCCGUGAAGGAGCGUGUGCAUUGUGUUCCAGAUAGGUAUUGUACAUCUGAGGUUCAGCCUUGUGCACAGAGGGACUUGUCCUCCUCCCUUUUCAGCACCUCGUUCUUGAUUUUUAAUUUUAUUUUUUGGGGUGGGGUGGGUGUUAAUUACCUUUAUGUAUUUGAGGGGCCCUGGCACCUUGCGCACAGUGGGAAGGAACUUUGGGGGUUGGAGGGGAAGUGGUGCUGGAGUUACUCAAUGCAGGCAGGCAAGGGAGGUGCAUCUGCCACAGCCCACACGCCAGCUAAGCUUCCUUUUCUACUUGGAGUGCUGUGAGCUGCAGGAGAACUUAAAAACACUCUCACAUCAUAACCGUAUAGCUGACUUUUAGCCUUGCAUCCACUCUCCAAGCCUGUUGCUAGCCGAGGUCCCCUAGCCUGAAAGGGAGUGGGGCAAGGCUCAAGGGAGCUCUGUACUUUGAACAGGCUUUUUAGAGCAAUUUGGUACCAAGACCUGCUUCUUCCUAACUGCAUGGUGCCAGCUGGUGCGCUUUUCCCAGUCCAGGGUCCUUCACUGGCCAUGGACACAGUAGGGAGCCACGUAUGGUCUAGGAGGAGAAGUCUUGGUCUGACCACAGAGCACCACUUGCACCCGCUCUGCUGCCACCAGCUCUCAGCUGAGCUCAGAGGCUGCGCAGCUGGGUGCUCCUUUUGCAUCCUGGGGUAGGAGUGGGUGCUGUUGAUACCAAAGGAUGGAGGGAAAACAAAGCCAUGGAGAGGCACCUUUCCCACUGCAGGCAAACCAGGCGCUGGGUUAUAGCGCACCACAACCAUUGCUACAGCAAACGAACCAAGGCAGGCAGGGCUUGGAUUUCCUCAUCAGGAAAAAAAUGGUGGAAGAUGUUUAAAGUUAGCUUUUGCUUAAAUCUGACAUGGCUUUAUGAUGAUGAGAGCAAAAAACCCAAAACCUCUAGCCCAAGAGCCUGAACAUCACAAGGGUACUGCCAAAGCCAUUCUUCAAAUUAAUUACAUUUAACUCCAGCCCUGGGUCGAGCUGGGAGAGAUACCUCCUUUGUAAUGUCUGUAUGAAAAUUGCAUGUGAACUGUUUGUUUUUGCACUUAAACCAAAGGAGAAACAGGCUUUCAAACUUGCUGCAACAGCUGUUUUGGCGAGUGCCAACGUACAGGCCUUACCUGCAAACUGAGCUGACUUUUGGCUCGGCUGGAAAGGAUGAGGCAACUGCCUCUGAGGCUGGUUGCUCAGGGCAAGCGUUGCAGGUGCUCUGGUGGGCUGCUGUCCAAGUCCCAAGUCGCACUUCUUACCUGCUGCUCUCACUGGCACAGCACUUGUCUGUGAUCUAUAACCUCACUGCGUGCCAGUGUCCCACGUGCCCCCCAGCUCUGUACCACUGGAUUGUGCCACCUCAUUGACAAGGAUUCCUACAUCAUCUCUCCUCCUCUGUUACUCUUUGUCUGCUAUGUAAUUUUGGCUGGAAACAGCUAGAAUUUUAUGCAAAAUGGAAUAAAAUUCAAGGAAACAAAAUGGAAACAGGCUUAGAGUAUGUGCAUGGGGUUGU